GCUUGUCUGGGAAAGUCGUCGGCGAGGGAAAAUAUUAAAACGUCUGGGUCGGGAUGCUCGUGAUGGCCCCUUUUGCUCUCCCUUUGGUCUCCAGUCUUCUCCUCGUAGGCCCAACCCAAACGCAUCAUCGUCGUCCUUCUUUUUUUCUUUCUUUUUCUGUUUUUGUUCCCCUCUCACCUCCUCCUCCUCGCGACCUCACGGUGGAGCUCUGGUAGUUCUAGCGGUUGCCUGAUCUCGUCCGUGUGGUUGCAUCCCGUCACUCAUAAUCCCAUCUACCGAUCUCUCCAAUCGUUUCCGUCUGCUCUCUUGAGAGGGGAGCUUGUUUCUUCUGUUCUUCUUGGUUGUGGUUCUUUGGACAAGACCUCACAUUGACUUAUCGUCUUUUUAAUACCCGCUGUUUUCGCUGCUUCUCGAUACCAUUUAUAGACCAGGCGUCGCUUGCGUUUUUCGUUGCUUCUUUUUUUUUUCCCUCUCUCCCUCUCCGUCAGCUCAACGACAGACCAGCGAGGAACCGACCUUCUGGCCCGAGAUACCCCUCCGCGACCUUGAUUUGCAUCCCGUCCUGCCGCCCUGACCUUCUCCUGCAGGUGCUGCAGCAAGGGUUCCACAUUGUCACGCAGAAUCGUCACCAAUCGAGACACAAAAGCCCGUCGCUGCGAGUCGUCUCGUGCAUAGAUUCGAUAUCACAGGCCCCUAGUCUGUGCUAUUUCCAGUCUACGGGAUCCCGGCAGAGUCAGUUGUCGCUUUGUGCGUGACCGAUACGACUGCAGGAGCUAAUCGACACAAGCCGGCAGUCCAGCCCGCCAUUCCAAAGCGAGCUCGGUAUUCCCAUAAAUCCGCCAUUGGUUUCGGGCUUUGUUUGUGUCCGCGCCGUGUUCUCCCAGUGAGGUUGCGUCGCACUGCACCGCUGCAUUUCCGGUGGAGCAGCGCUGAAGCCGCCCGCUGAACACGCCCGUCGCACCCACAAUUCCGUACGCCUCCCUACUGCCAGCUGCCAGCUGCCAGCACAGCUCCAGCCGCCCUGUCCAGCCCUCCCCUGCCACGGAGCAACCAAGAGCCGGGCUCAGUCACCACCACUCCCACCACCACCACCAUGUCGGACUCGCUGCACCCUGUCGUUGGUCACGCAGGAGCUGCCGCCGCUCCGCCCGUCCCGCUGCCCACGCUGCAGCGUCCGGAUUGCGCCCACUCGGAACGUCCCAGGACGUCCACCUCUGGCUCGCCUACCCAGGAGGGCUCGCGCUGCGACCUCUCGCUCUCCGACGCAAAAUCCGCCCUCCGUGAGAAUGCCGCUGACCCGUCGGUCCCCGUCGCUGUGCCCGUUUUAGCGCCCUUGCCCUCGCCCCUGCUGCCCCUUCAAAAACCCUACGCCUCGCUCGGCCACCGUAAGAGCACGCCCUCGGUCGACUCAGUCCCCCGACAGACCAUCAUGAAGGCCCUGGCCUCGGUCGCCCGCAGCAACAAGCCCGAGGCCCUUUCUCUCAACGGAAUGCUGUCGGCCCAGCGCAGCGCCGCGGCGGCGGCCGAGGCUCGUCCCAACACCUCGUCUUCCCAGAAGCUCUGUGAAGCCCUCAACGACCUGGCCGCCCGCACAAACACCCCCACCACGGCCCUGCCCAGCCUGCAGUCCCCCUGCUUCUACCACCAGCGCUUUGACGAUGCCGUCGACAUCGACAAGGUUCUCGAGGAGAUCAAGAAUGACGAGUACAUGUCGCACUCGCGCCUGGUCCAGACCGCCACGGGCGUCCGCGAGGUCGCCAAGCAGCUGCAGAGGCGCCCCAUCAAGCGCGCCGUCCGCAACAUCAUGAUCGUCACCAAGGCCCGUGACAACGAGCUCGUGCUCCUGACCAAGGAGCUGACCCAGUGGCUGCUGAGCACCCCGCGCUACGGCUCCGACCUGGGCGUCAACGUCUACGUCGACGCCAAGCUGCGCAACUCGAAGCGCUUCGACGCACAGGGCAUCCUGGCCGAGAACACCCGCUUCUCCAACAUGCUGCGCUAUUGGUCUCCCGACCUGUGCUGGAGCCACCCCGAGAAGUUCGACCUGGUCCUGACCCUCGGCGGUGACGGCACCGUCCUCUUCACCUCGUGGCUGUUCCAGCGCAUCGUGCCGCCAGUGCUGUCCUUCAGCCUCGGCAGCCUCGGCUUCCUGACCACGUUCGAGUACGGGCGCUUCAAGGACCACCUGAACCGCGUCCUCGGCUCCGAGGGCAUGCGCGUCAACCUGCGCAUGCGCUUUACCUGCACCGUCUACCGUGAUGGCGCCCAGGGCCAGGACAUGGAGGAGGCCGAGCAGUUCGAGGUGCUCAACGAGCUCCUCAUCGACCGUGGCCCGUCGCCCUACAUUUCCCAGCUGGAGCUGUAUGGCGACGACGACCUGCUCACCGUGAUCCAGGCGGAUGGCUGCAUCUUCUCCACCCCUACUGGAUCAACGGCCUACUCCCUCUCUGCCGGUGGCUCUCUGGUGCACCCAGACAUCCCCGCUAUCCUCCUGACUCCCAUCUGCCCGCACACGCUAUCCUUCAGGCCCAUGGUCCUGUCGGACACGAUGCUGCUCAGGGUGUCGGUCCCGCGCAACAGCCGCGCUACGGCCUACUGUGCCUUUGACGGCAAGGGCCGCGUCGAGCUGAAGCAGGGUGAUUGCGUCACCAUCACGGCGUCGCAGUACCCCUUUCCCACAGUCGUGCGCACCGAUACGGAGUGGUUCGACUCGGUCUCCCGCACGCUCCGCUGGAACACGCGGGCCGCCACGCAAAAGGCCUUUGACACUGGUGACAAGUCCAGCGCCGAGUCUAGCGACGGUGACGACCAGGCCGAGUGGGACAUUGACACCGACUCAGCCUGCUACGUCAGCGAGGAGGGUAGCAGCGCCGCUAGCCCGUUGAGGCGGCAGAUGAGCCUACUGGGGAUGUGAGGCCAUGACUUGGCGGUUCUUCUUUUGCUCUUGCAUGCCCGUGUCUUGAGCACCUUUGUUUGAUCCGCACUCAUGACGAAACAUUUCAUAUCCGGUCGUUGGGAGGCAUAUUGCAUACUUUUUUUUUCCAAAGACAAUACGCAUGUCGGCCCCAGGGUGAUGAUGGCAUUUCCCCCGUAUAUCUAGACGGUUUUGGACAGCAUUUUUUUUUUUAUUUGGCAGUUGGUGAGCGUGGUCGACCCCCGUCAACGAUUUGGGCGGGUGCGCAGAGGGAGCUGUGCUUCUUGCUUUUUUUUUUUUAGCAGACGACUUCCCUCCCACAGCGUUUUUGUUCUUUCUCGAUAAGAUAUUUUACACCAUGGUUAGCCAGACGUUGUUUCCUCGACGACGAAUACAGAAAAAAACCUGACGAAGUGCAUUCCUAGUCUUUGAACACUCAA